AUGAAGAAAGAAGAGAAUAGUAACGACGAUACUCGGAAGGACGGCCGUGCAGAGGGCCAUGCUGCUGGGCGCGUCAAGAAGAGGAAGGCAGCCGAAAAAAUACCGCCGUCUGAUGACCGCGAGCGCAAACACUCCGAGCAGCGUCGCCGUCGCCGCAAGAGACGUGAGAAUAAACUGGUCGCCGCGCCGCAGGAGGGCCCUGCUGGGGUCCACGUUAUUGGGCGCUUCAAAGUAAAUAAGGUCGAAGAAGAUAAUCCGCAGUUUAAGGAUCAAGACAUCGACCAGACUACACAGAGAGAGAUUUUCCUCAAGGAACGAGAUAUAAUACUGGUCGAUGCGCCGCAGGAGGGCCCCAGUGAGGUGGAUGUUCUCAAGAUGGAUCAAGAGGAGGAGAGAGUAGCUGAUUGUCUCGUGGAGGCUGUCAAGAUCGACCAAGCCUGUCAAGAUUUAGAGGAGGAGUCAGCUGAGAGUCUCACGGGUGCUGCCAAGAUUGGCGAAGCAUGUGGAGAGAUUAAGGAAGGGGCAGAUCAUGGUCUCAUGGAUUUUGCUGAGACUGACCCAGUAUGUGGAGAUGAGGUGGAAGGGGCAGCUGAGAGUCUAAUGUGUCCUACCAGGAUGGAACAAGCCCAUCAAUAUUUAGAGAAGGAGGUAGCUGAGAGUCUCACGGGUGCUACCAAGAUGGGCGAAGCAUGUGGAGAGAUUAAGGAAGGGGCAGAUCGUGGUCUCAUGGAUGUUGCUGAGACUGACCAAGUAUGUGGAGAUGAGGUGGAAGGGGCAGCUGAUAGUCUAGUGAGUGCUGCCAAGGUGGAACAAGCCCAUCAAGAUAUAGAGGAGGAGGCAGCUGAGAGUGUCAUGGGUGCUGCCAAGAUGGGCGAAGCACGUGAAGAGAUUAAGGAAGGGGCAGAUCAUGGUCUCAUUGAUGUUGCUGAGACUGACCCAGUAUGUGGAGAUGAGUUGGAAGGGGCAGCUGAGAGUCUAGUGAGUGCUGCAAAGAUGGAACAAGGCCAUCAAGAUAUAGAGGAGGAGGCAGCUGAGAGUGUCAUGGGUGCUGCCAAGAUGGGCGAAGCAUGUGGAGAGAUUAAGGAAGAGGCAGAUCAUGGUCUCAUGGAUGUUGCUGAGAGUGACCAAGUAUGUGGAGAUGAGGUGGAAGGGGCAGCUGAGAGUCUAGUGAGUGCUGCCAAGGUGGAACAAGCCCAUCAAGAUAUAGAGGAGGAGGCAGCUGAGAGUGUCAUGGGUGCUGCCAAGAUGGGCGAAGCACGUGAAGAGAUUAAGGAAGGGGCAGAUCAUGGUCUCAUGGAUGUUGCUGAGAGUGACCAAGUAUGUGGAGAUGAGGUGGAAGGGGCAGCUGAGAGUCUAGUGAGUGCUGCCAAGGUGGAACAAGCCCAUCAAGAUAUAGAGGAGGAGGCAGCUGAGAGUGUCAUGGGUGCUGCCAAGAUGGGCGAAGCACGUGAAGAGAUUAAGAAAGGGGCAGAUCAUGGUCUCAUGGAUGUUGCUGAGACUGACCAAGUAUGUGGAGAUGAGGUGGAAGGGGCAGCUGAUAGUCUAGUGAGUGCUGCCAAGGUGGAACAAGCCCAUCAAGAUAUAGAGGAGGAGGCAGCUGAGAGUGUCAUGGGUGCUGCCAAGAUGGGCGAAGCACGUGAAGAGAUUAAGGAAGGGGCAGAUCAUGGUCUCAUUGAUGUUCCUGAGACUGACCCAGUAUGUGGAGAUGAGUUGGAAGGGGCAGCUGAGAGUCUAGUGAGUGCUGCAAAGAUGGAACAAGGCCAUCAAGAUAUAGAGGAGGAGGCAGCUGAGAGUGUCAUGGGUGCUGCCAAGAUGGGCGAAGCAUGUGGAGAGAUUAAGGAAGGGGCAGAUCAUGGUCUCAUGGAUGUUGCUGAGAGUGACCAAGUAUGUGGAGAUGAGGUGGAAGGGGCAGCUGAGAGUCUAGUGAGUGCUGCCAAGGUGGAACAAGCCCAUCAAGAUAUAGAGGAGGAGGCAGCUGAGAGUGUCAUGGGUGCUGCCAAGAUGGGCGAAGCACGUGAAGAGAUUAAGGAAGGGGCAGAUCAUGGUCUCAUGGAUGUUGCUGAGAGUGACCAAGUAUGUGGAGAUGAGGUGGAAGGGGCAGCUGAGAGUCUAGUGAGUGCUGCCAAGGUGGAACAAGCCCAUCAAGAUAUAGAGGAGGAGGCAGCUGAGAGUGUCAUGGGUGCUGCCAAGAUGGGCGAAACACGUGAAGAGAUUAAGGAAGGGGCAGAUCAUGGUCUCAUGGAUGUUGCUGAGAGUGACCAAGUAUGUGGAGAUGAGGUGGAAGGGGCAGCUGAGAGUCUAGUGAGUGCUGCCAAGGUGGAACAAGCCCAUCAAGAUAUAGAGGAGGAGGCAGCUGAGAGUGUCAUGGGUGCUGCCAAGAUGGGCGAAGCACGUGAAGAGAUUAAGAAAGGGGCAGAUCAUGGUCUCAUGGAUGUUGCUGAGACUGACCAAGUAUGUGGAGAUGAGGUGGAAGGGGCAGCUGAUAGUCUAGUGAGUGCUGCCAAGGUGGAACAAGCCCAUCAAGAUAUAGAGGAGGAGGCAGCUGAGAGUGUCAUGGGUGCUGCCAAGAUGGGCGAAGCACGUGAAGAGAUUAAGGAAGGGGCAGAUCAUGGUCUCAUUGAUGUUCCUGAGACUGACCCAGUAUGUGGAGAUGAGUUGGAAGGGGCAGCUGAGAGUCUAGUGAGUGCUGCAAAGAUGGAACAAGGCCAUCAAGAUAUAGAGGAGGAGGCAGCUGAGAGUGUCAUGGGUGCUGCCAAGAUGGGCGAAGCAUGUGGAGAGAUUAAGGAAGGGGCAGAUCAUGGUCUCAUGGAUGUUGCUGAGAGUGACCAAGUAUGUGGAGAUGAGGUGGAAGGGGCAGCUGAGAGUCUAGUGAGUGCUGCCAAGGUGGAACAAGCCCAUCAAGAUAUAGAGGAGGAGGCAGCUGAGAGUGUCAUGGGUGCUGCCAAGAUGGGCGAAGCACGUGAAGAGAUUAAGGAAGGGGCAGAUCAUGGUCUCAUGGAUGUUGCUGAGAGUGACCAAGUAUGUGGAGAUGAGGUGGAAGGGGCAGCUGAGAGUCUAAUGGGCGAAACACGUGAAGAGAUUAAGGAAGGGGCAGAUCAUGGUCUCAUGGAUGUUGCUGAGAGUGACCAAGUAUGUGGAGAUGAGGUGGAAGGGGCAGCUGAGAGUCUAGUGAGUGCUGCCAAGGUGGAACAAGCCCAUCAAGAUAUAGAGGAGGAGGCAGCUGAGAGAGUCAUGGGUGCUGCCAAGAUGGGCAAAGCACGUGAAGAGAUUAAGGAAGGCGCAGAUGAGAGUCUUGUGGAUUCUUCUGAGAUUGACAAAGCAGGUGUUGAUGAGGAGGAAGGGACAGCUGAGAUUCUAGUGAAUCCUGCGAAGAUGGAAAAAGCUCCACAAGACUUAGAGGAGGAGGCAGCUGAGAGUCUCAUGGGUGCUGCUGAGAUUGAUGAAGACUGUGCAGAUGAGGAUGAGGGGUCAGCCGAGACUCUCGUGAAUGUUGCAAAGACGGAACAAGCCCCUAGAGAUCUAGUGGAGGGCGCAGCCGAGAGUGUCAGUGGUGAUGCCAAGAUGAAGGAAGUCAGUGUAGUGGUGGUGGAGGGGGUUGCUGUGAGUCCCUGUAACCAACCCUCGGGUGCCGCUUGCACCCACUGA